AUGCGCACCGCCCAAAGUCGACAAAAGAGUUAUGCAGAUCAACGAAGGAAACCCCUCGAAUUUCAGGAAGGCGAUCACGUAUUCCUAAAAAUCACCCCCACCACCGGGGUAGGGAGGGCUCUUAAGGUACAAAAACUAAGCCCCCGGUACCUAGGUCCAUUCCAAAUCCUCCGGCGUAUAGGAAAGUCGGCAUACCAUCUUGCCCUACCACCAAAUCUAUCAAGACUACAUGACGUGUUCCAUGUGUCCCAACUCCGAAAAUACCAGCACGAUCCAAGCCAUGUGUUGCAGCAAGAGGAUGUAACACUCAAGGAUGACCUGACUUUUGAACUACCAGCCAUAGAGAUUGUAGACAGAAGUACGAAGCAACUAAGGAGCAAGACGAUACGACUGGUAAAGGUGGCAUGGGGUAGCGGCAAUUCCAGAGACUACACAUGGGAAAAAGAGGCAGACAUGAGACAGAAGCUCCCGGACUUAUUUACAGGUAACAAUCGUAGUGAGAAUCUCCUUUUCUCCCCAACAGUAAGGAAAUUUCAGUAG